AUGGCACGAACUAAACAAUCUGCAAGAAAGACGCCGGGAUUGACUGGUGGUAAGGCACCAAAGAAGCAGCUUGCAACCAAGGCAGCAAGGAAGACAGCUGGUGCACCAGGUGGAUCUGCUGCAACAAAGACACAUAAGCGUCAUGGUAAAGUCGCACUGAGAGAGAUCAGAAGGUACCAGAAGUCCACAGAUAGGCUCAUUAGAAAGCUUCCAUUCCAGAGGCUGUGUAGAAGCAUCUGUAGGGAUCAGGCCAGUGCAGCAGACAUCAGGUUCCAAGGUCCAGCUCUUCUGGCUCUACAGGAGGCAACAGAGAUGCACAUUGUGGGAAUGUUUGAGGAUGCACUGCUUUGCGCACAGCAUGCUAAGAGAGUUACUGUCUUUGGUAAGGACUUCCUUCUUGUUCACAGAAUCAGAUCCAGAUUCAUGAAGACUGGUAUUCCAACAGAAUAA